AUGGCAACUGUACCAUUCAAGAUCGGAGAUGGUUACAGAGAGUGGCAAACUCAGCCCAGACAAUCACAAAGGUCAACCUCCCAUCUACAGAAUCCAUCUACUAGGCCUGCUGUCAAAGAAAGGCUGCCAGCAUUCUCAAAGAUCCGUCCCACCCUGGCAAUGUUUUUCUACAAACUCUCCCAUUGGGGAGAAAGUACAGAAGAAAUCACUGGAUUACAAUCAGGAUUCAGAAUACUGAACUAUUCUCUCAACCCAGAAUGUUGACUCCAGUGACACUAACACUGUUGUCAUCUUCUUUGGAAUGAAUUACUUCUGUACAGACUACUGCAAGCGACUGGAAAAGGACACACGGUUUUUAACGAAUGAAGGAACACUCAGUGAAAAACUGGUGGACAGAAUAGUUCUUCAUCUGUAUAGAAUCUAUCCCCAAAUUCUGAAUAAUACAGAAGCUGAAAUGUUCAGAAAUGUAAAUACUCCAGUGUGCGUAAGAAUAUCGGAGCUCCUCCUUCAUCUGCAGAAGAAGAGCAACAGAGCAUGUAAGGAAUUUUAUAAUGCUUUGGAGACAAAUGAUGCACAGAUCUACAAAAAAUUGCCAAGCAAAUACCUGGCCAGAACAAUAACAUCAAUGGGAAUUAACAUGGAUACCUACAAUAGGGAGAAAUACAUACUCAAUGACAGGGGUCCUGUAUUUUUUCUGGCUUGUUUUAGUGUGGCAGCAGGAUUGGCUUUUCUUCUGUAUUACUGUAAAGAAGAUAUUAAAGUUGAAAGUGCUGCGAAGAAGAUCAUAGGUUUCUCUUCUCUUGGUGUUGGAAGACGAGCUAGAAGAUGUCAAGAGCAGGUGGCAAUUGGGAUACUACUGUACCAGUGCACCACAAGAGCCUUCUUCCACAGUCUUGGAGCUGACCCCAAUCCUGGAGGUGAGAGCCCCGCAGUAGGAAACUGUAAUGGUUUGGAUGGCUCAAAUUAUCACAACAUGAACGUCGGCGAUUGGGUCUCAUGCAGUUUUAAUACACAGUUUAGAUGCUCUUAUCUCCUGAGCAUUUUCAAAAUUUACCUGGGGUUAAUUUAAAAAGUUGAGAAAUAAUUUAAGUACGUAUAUGACAUGAAUUCUAAUAAAUAAAAUGAGCCUUGUGUAACUUUCUGUGCAUAAUGACUUUUGAAAAAAUUCUUAAAAAGAAUCCCUUGAAAUACCUCAGUUGGUGGCGCAAGAGAGAAUUUUCUGCCGCUGGAAAUUGCUUUAAAUCUGAGCCGAUGUCCGCGUGUUCCGGUUAGCGUCCCCCCCACCCCGUUACACGCAGACAGACAGAGGAUUGGUCUGAGGGUGCUGUCUGGACGGUCUGACUGCCAAGCGAAAAGCAGGUAGUAGCAGAAGUUCGUGAGAGGCUGUGAAAUUAAUGCAGGGUAACAUAUGUUUCUGUAUAUGGCAGCAAAAGGGCUGGCUCAGUACGAUGUUUGUCAGAGUAUUGGCCCGGUUUAAACUAGGCAACAUAUUUAAAACCGAUAAAAUGUUAGAUAGUGUAUUUAUGCUGCUAGUUUGAAGCUUGUACUGUGUUAAAUAUGACUCGGAUGCUAGUUGAUGUUGGCAUACGAUCUGACCUAUCUUGAAAAGGCCUCUUUCUCUGGGUUGUACCAAACCCUGAAUAUUUAGGUAGAACGCCAGUAAUUCGUGUCCUGAAAAUAUACCGUUAAAAAUCACACAACACCAGGUUAUAGUCCAACAGGUUUAAUUGGAAGCACACUAGCUUUCGGAGCGACGCUCCUUCAUGAGGUGAUAGUGGAGGGCUCGAUCGUAACAGAAUUUAUAGCAAAAAUUUGCAGUGUGAUGUAACUGAAAUUUUACAUUGAAAAAUUGAUUGUCUAUUAAGCCUUUCAUCUGUUAGAAUACAGUGAUAGUUUCAUUUCUUUCAUGUGUAAAUUACAAAACCCUUUUUAAAGUUGCAUUCUCAGGUUAGCUGCUAACAAUGGUGAUAGCUAGACAAUAUGUUGAAGGUGUUGGCUCCCUGUGUUCUCUGUCUAUGAUCUAAUGUUUAGAUGGAUUCUAACCUAAUAA